CAAAAUGGAGAAUUUGUCAACACAUGCCGUUGGCUGCAUGGCAGCGUUUUAACAAGUUAAUUUGUGGAUAAAGUAACUGGACAUAGGGAUCAAGAUGGCAGGGAAUACAUUAACAGAAGCUGGCGCCUCUUAUUCAAAAGCGGUAGGAUUUGUAUAUCUGUUUAAUCUGAUUGUGGGUACAGGAGCACUGACGAUGCCCCUGGCUUUCCAGAAUGCUGGCUGGUUACUGAGUUUGAUCAUCAUUGUAUUGCUAGCAGGAUUCAGCUACAUGACUGUAACAUUUGUAUUGGAGGCGAUGGCUACAGCCAAUGCUACCCUUUUCCUGCAUAAAAAAGCUGAUAUUGUUUAUAAAAGAACAGAGUCUGUCCGUGCUAACAUUGGAGACUCAGCAGAAGUUGCAUCAGAUGCAGAUGUUUUCCAGGACGAGAGGAGCCCUCUGUUGAAGAGUGAUGAAAAAGAUAAAACUAUUGACCAGAAUUACAGAGAUGACAUGUUUGAUAUCAAAGAAAGGGUGGAGUUGGGGAAACUGGCAGAGCUGUUUUUUAAUAAAUUUGGAGUUAUCCUGUUCUACCUCUGUAUGGUGAUUUAUCUGUAUGGAGAUCUCUCUAUUUAUGCUGUUGCUAUUCCUAAGUCACUCAGGGAUGUUAUAUGUACAUACAAACACAAUGACAGUCAAAAUGUCUCCUGCUCUAGUUUGACCUUGGUCAACUCUGACCCCUGCUGGGCGAGUUCAAGUCAAGACAGAGCAUCUGUUUACAGAAUAAUGGUGGCUGUGUUUGCUGUCACUCUGGGUCCUUUCACUUUCUUCAAUGUCCAGAAAACCAAGUACCUCCAACUCUUUACCACAUUAACAAGGUGGUUAGCAUUCAUGAUCAUGAUUGUAUUAACCAUCAUCAGGCUGGCUAACAAAAAAGGCAAAGGACACCCCCCAGUAGUGGACUUUGAAGGAAUUCCUAAUUUAUUCGGAGUGUGUGUCUACUCGUUCAUGUGUCAUCACUCGCUGCCUUCCCUUGUGACACCAAUCAAAAACAAGAGCAACCUCUUCAUCAUGAUUUUCUUCGACUUCAUUUUAAUUUUAGCAUUUUAUGCCUUGGUUUCAUUUACUGGUGCCUUUGCAUUUCAUGAACCUAAAGACAUUUACACUCUAAGUUUUAUCCCCGAUGCCUGUGAUGCCAAAGAACCAAUAACUAAUUCAGCAGUAUUACAAUAUUAUCUAGCCCUUUUCCCUGUUUUUACAUUGAGCACUAGUUUUCCUAUCAUAUCCAUAACGCUACGAAACAAUCUGAAAACCAUGUUUCACAAAGAAGGGAGAUCAUUUUCUUGGUUCGUGGACAGAAUUGUCUUCCCCUUGGCAGCCAUUACUCUUCCCUUUGUGAUCGCCUUGGCAACGGAUGAGGUGGAGUUCUUGGUGGGGAUCACAGGGUCGUACGCCGGGGCAGGAAUUCAGUACGUCAUUCCAGCCACUUUGGUUUUGAUCUCCAGGAGAGCAAUUAAAUCUGAUCCAUCAAUCUCCACUUUAAACAACAGAUUUACCUCCCCUUUUAAGCACACGUUUUGGGUCAUUCUAGUCAUUGUAUGGUCUGUUGUGGCCAUGGCUUUUGUCACUGUCAACCACAUCAUAACUAGGAAAUAAUGGUGUUAACUUUUAGGUUUAUUCAGAGCUUAGCCAGUAUAUUUGCUUUGCUGAUUUUUUUUUUUACCAUGAGGAGGGCACAUGUAUUUAUUGUAUUUAAAUACUCUCUAACCAAAUAAAAAAAAUUCCUGCAAUCAUUAAUUUUUGUGAUAUAUUGCAGUUCAGUCAAAACUUAUAGGAAUGUUUACCCGCUCUUGCAAUGCAGUGUUUAGAUAAUUUUUUAAGAAGUUUCUUUUGGCUGCCUAUUGUAAGUGUCCUAUCUUAACUUUUUGAGAUUAUUUUUGAAGCAUUCAAUAAUUCUUGUUAUUUUAAAACAGUGCAAUAAAUCCUCACUGCUGUUGAUAUUAGAAUUUCUUAAAAAAAAACUUGAUUGAUCUGAAUUGUCUGUUGAUGAGUUCAUGCGA